GAGAGCGGCGGGGAGAGGGAGGCCGUAUGUCCCGUCGCGCGUGUCACUGCCCAAGGACCGCUGCUGAUCCGUGCUGUGCGAAGCCAACGGCGCUGUUCCUGCCGUCGUUAGCGCCGCCGAGGUUCCGGCCAUCACUGUCGUUGAGGGAACUCACCGGAGUCGUGGAGGUUGUCACCGCUCUUUGUGGUUCUGUGUUGAGUUGCACCGGUAAGCCUUUGCGGCCGGAAAAUGCCCCUGCUGCCGUCGCCGGAAAAUUCUGCCGUUGUCGUGAUCGGAAUUCGUCGCCGCUGCCACUUGAGGUGGCUGCCGGGCUGCCGCCGAACCGGUUCGGAGACCGCCGCUGUUUCGGUUCAGCCAUUCUUUCGUUGGUUCGAGUUGUUGAGAUUGUUGCGAAAGUGGCUUGGAACCGAGGUUUUGGCUGCCGGGAUUUUGAUUGUUGAUUUCGGGUCGAGGCGAAAAGGAUUCUGUGACGCGUUUGGGCUAUGGUUUUG